AUAUACUAUACUCGUCGUGAGAUUACUAUAUCUUUAGUAAUUGGAGAACGAGAGGUAAUCAGCAAAUUUGCACCCACCAUCGGCUCAACAACCCCUGUCGCCCUGUACUUCCAUUUUGUUUACCAACGACAAAUAAAUUGGACAAAUUUUGGAGCAAAGAUCAGGUAAGGGAGGAUUUCAAAAAUCUAAGAUCAGAGGACGAUAUUUUAGUGGCUGAAUUAUUCUUCCUUCAGUAGACUUUGAAUUUUAAAUCAGUGAAAGUGUAAGUAAAUUAAUGAUCCAUUUAUCAUAUUUUAUCUUCUUCGCGUGGAAUGACUAUUUUGUCUUCAUUUUAAUAACUACAUAUUUCGUGCGACUUUCGAAAUGCAGCAAGGUUAGCCGAGGGCACGGUACUGCCCUGAGGACGCUUCGGCAUUGAAUUUCUUAAGAAUUAUCGCUACCUUAUAAGUCGAGACCAAUUCGAGUCCUCUGGACAGAAUGUGUUACGUCGUUCGAGUGUGCUGAACCACGGGGGACGUUUAGAAAUCUUCAAGUGUCACCAAUUAUCAACGUUUUAUAACAAUUAAUUUAAGUACUCGUGAUAGAAGAGGGUGUAUCUACGCAACCAAUUGUGAGAACUUCAUCUUCGAAAGAUGUCAGCUUCAUGGUCGACGGGGUUGCUGAUACUUGCAUUCAGCUCGCAGAUGCUGUGCUUCCACGACUACAAUCCUCCUCCAGUGCUUGUUUCCAGAUACCCCCCUAACCAUCCUAAGAACAAGUACCCGCAUCAUCAUCCGGGUAAUGACGACAACGCCAUCGCGGGGAGCAAGCCAUCAUCUUCAGCAAGCGUGGAUCCUCCGGUUCCGAAUGGCAUUCCUAAUCAUUCUUCAAAUUGGCAUUCGCAUAAUCCUUACCCUGUCCAUAACGUCACGUCGUCAGUUCCAUAUGAACCUCCCAUUAAAUAUCAAAAGACCAUUCAAGUGCAGUGUCCAGCGGCUGCGGUCCUGAAUUUCGCUCGGGUAGGGCUGAGGAGGAUCGGCGACGCGUUCAUCGAGAGUUCAGAAACGAAGGAGCUCUACCUGGACAGUAACGAGAUCUCGGAAAUCUCCAGCACGGCGUUCUCCUCGUUGAAUCAAUUGGAAGUUCUCAGUUUAUCGAACAACAACAUCCCCACCGAAAAGCUGUUAUGGUUCGCCAAGCACUACAUGUUGCGGAAGUUGGUUCUGGACGACAACAGAUACAACGAUACCACCUCCUCCACUAUCCAGAAGAUAUUUCAAUCGCUGCCGAAGCUAGAAGAAUUGUCCUUGAAGAGGGACGGCAUUUCGCGUUUCGCCGUCAAUUUGAACAGUUUCGCUCCUAGGCUGAAGUAUCUCCAUCUUUCGGGGAACAGGAUCGACGAGCUGGAUUUUCUGGACGAUCUACCAGCAACUAUGUCCUACCUUCACCUGGACGACAAUCAGAUCACCAAGGUAAGAAGCGUCGCUCUGGAACACCUCGUGGAGCUGUCCGUAAGCGGUAAUCAGAUCGAGCAACUCUGCACCGAUCAGUGUUCCGAUUCCUACCUAUCGCUGAAAGGCUUGAAGAGAUUGCAAAGGUUGAACGCUUCUCGGAACAGCAUCAAAGCGGUGACGGACGAGCCGUUCCAGGACACGACAGAUCUGAUUUCCUUGGACUUGUCUCGCAACGAGAUCAAGAUCCUUCCGGUUGACGUGUUCAAACCGUCGUCGAAGCUCGAGGAGCUUUUCUUGAGUCACAAUCAGUUCCCAUCGGUACCGAACAUCUGCUCGUUGAAUGAUCUGAGGCAGCUGGACUUGAGCAACAACAACAUAGGUGUCGUCGCCAAGAACGACUUGUGCGGCGGAUUGAAUCAUCAAUUGCAUACUUUGCUUUUGAGAGGGAAUCAUAUCACCGAGGUGGACAGCGAGAUUUACACGCAACUGAAGUACUUGAAGAAACUGGAUCUGUCGGACAAUCUAAUCCUUCAUCUUCCGGUGACUCUGAUCCAUAGGGCUAGGUCCUUGCGAACUCUUCUGCUGAGGAACAACAGCAUCGAGAACAUCGACGAGCUGUUCAAUAGCCACUCGAGCACGUUGCAGGAUCUACAUCUUCAGGGGAAUCCGAUCUCCGUUGUCAAAUAUUCGGUUAGGUCAAACACUAUGGUACAUUUGAAGGACGUCCCACGAGAGACGAAGGAGGAACCGGAGGAUCUGACGAGCAACGACAUCGACGACAAAGAUUAUUCGUCCAACGAAUCUUUGUAGCUUUAGAAAGAUCGAAUGAACGUUAUUCGAGAGUACUUGGACUAAUUACCAAGGGAAGAAUAGAAGAAUAAACGAGGGAAAAAUUGUUGCAGUGUCGAACUUUCAGUACUAACAAUUAGAGUAGCAAUAUUAAUGAAAUACUAACAGAUAUAAUACUAUAGUAGAAUAUUGUAAUACUAACAUUAUUUUCUUUUUUUUCUAUAAGUAUAUAUGUGGAAUAUUAACAUUUUUCUUAUAAUUAAUGUAUUGCCAGUGAGAAAUAAAUGUUACUUAUACCGUUA